AUAUUAUCUGUUCUAAGUGUCGGAGUACGACUCAUGUAUGCUGUUACCAGGAUAUAGUACCUUGAUGAAUGAAAAGAUGAUAUAAAUUCUUCUUUGAGAACACCAGAACCAACACUCAACCCUCACAUCCUUAUGCUCGCGUGUCAGCUUUAUUAUCAUCGAAGUACCUAGACGAAUCAUCUCAGGCUCAACUAUCACGAGCCAGACUCGCACUAGAAUGGCUUCUUACUACCCCGAGGGUGAAUGCUUCUUUCUCCGAUCGACGCUGAAAUACAACGAUGAUUUUGCUCCGUUCUCUGCAGAAGACCCUAAGGAUUUCUACAGUCACGUUCUUAUCGAGUAUCAGUGGAAUGGAUGGGUCGUUGCCAACAACGAUGACUAUGGCCAUCCACGAUCUGAUCUCAAAACUGGAUAUGGCAGUCAAUAUGAUACACAAUUUGGCAACUGGGACAGAUUCUGGGUAGGUGAGACCAAGGACACUGAUCCCUCGAAGAUGCUUGCAAUCACCACCUAUCCGAACAGCCUGAACUGGAACGAGAUGCGUGACCGAGACAAUGGUGGCCCGAGGAAGUACAUCCUUCGUCCGGUCAGAAUCAAAGACCCGAAAACGCAGUGGCUAUGGAUCGAUGCAACCAUUCCAAUCCGAGCAAUCUAUUUCCCCGUAUGUCAGAAAACUGACGAAGCUUAUCCCAACUACUGUACGUACGUGGUGAUUGACUUCAAAGCGCGAACCAAGAUCGAAUCUUAUAACACAGUCGGCGAGCUUCGUACGCAUGAAUGCACUCGAGAGCUCGGGCUCGGCCUCAACCGUGGUCUUUGUUGGCUCUUCAAGGUCCCUGAUAUCAUCACGUAUCUAGUCAUUCCUCGAAAGCUGCGCAAUCCAAGCUAUGGAGUCUACAGAUCUAAGACCAAGGGCGAUGAGAUGGUUUUACAAGCCUGGGCGGGUCUGAAAUGGAAAUGUGACAGUAACUCCCUGAAUCACAUGCCAUCCAAUUCAUUCUGCCGCCAGAUCGACUUAGCGCAGGUGAUGAGUGCAACUUUUGGUGUGGAAGUCGGUUGGCGACCGUACAAGUACUCUUCUUUCAUCUUAGACAUCGUAAAGCAGGUUGUCACCCUUGGACUUGGUUUUGUUCCUGGAGCCGGCGCAAUCUUGUCCGUAGCUUUCGGCAUGGGCCUCCAACUUCUUGACAAUCCUGACUCUUUCAAAACAAGCAAUGUCCUGGAUUUAAGCUCUGCUCUCUUGGCAACAUUAGUCGCGUCUGCGGGCAAGUCGAAGAAGUACAUCGCACCAGGCUUUCUUCCCAGUGGUGCUGGAGGACUGGGUGGAUCAUCCUCAGGACUACCAAAGCUUGGUGGAGCUCCGAAGAAGGGCGGUCUGCUGGACAAUGCAGAGAACGCUCUAGAUGACAUCUUGCAUGCCGAUCUCGGCGACGCAUUGGAAGAUCUUACGGGAGGAGGCAAGCAGGCACGGAAAAAGGCUGGGGAUGCUGAGAACAGCGAGCUUACAGCAAGCGCUCGUGAACUACCGAUCGAGCUUGUAUCCCUAGCAGAAGAAAAUCAUGGUCGGGGCUUCUCUGAUGAUGGGGCCGGGCCAGGUAACGGCGAAAAUGAGGCGGGCGAGGUUAGCGAAGGCAUGAGUGGGUAAUCCGUCGUUUUCCUAGAACCUGACGAGCUAGGACUGGUACACGCGUGUUCUCCCCCUAAUCUUCCUAUAAUAAGCCUUUUCUACUUUUACGCUUAUCUAUAAGUCUAUAAGAGUAUUAAAAGUAGAUAUAAUAGAUAAUUAGGUAGAUCUCUAUCUAGCUAUAAGCUUAUUUUAUCUUUAUAAGGCCUCUUUAAAGAGA